GUGAUAUGAGAAACAGAAAGACUGCGGAGAGAGAAAGAGCAAAAACGAAAGUGCGUGGCAAAUUUCUAGAGAGAGAGAGAGAUACACAUCAUCCUCUCUCCUCAAUGGAAACCGGCGAACAGGUUCUCCCUUCAGCCACCGCCACCGCUCCGGCCGCCGGCGACCCCACCGCCUCGUCUCCUCCGCUCGGGGAUCCUUUUACGGUUCCCGAUCCAGAUAUUGACCUUGACGAUGUUGCUGAGCCUGAAAUUCAUGUUCUGAUUUCAGACGAAGAGCAUGAUCACGAUCAUGAGCAUGACCACGAUCAUGAACAUGAUCAUGAUGAAGGCCAGGAGCGCGAUCAUGUGGCUGAUACUGUUGUCUCCUUCGAUGAUCUCAAACUCAAGAUUAUUAAGCAGGUGGAGUAUUAUUUCAGCGAUGAAAAUCUGCCCACUGAUAAGUAUAUGCUGAGUCUCGUGAAAAGGAACAAGGAAGGGUUUGUUCCUAUAUCAGUAAUUGCUUCAUUUAGAAAAAUGAAGAAACUCACUCGAGACCAUUCAUUUAUUGCUGCUGCACUGAAGGAAUCUUCACUGCUGAUUGUUAGUGGUGAUGAGAAAAGGGUUAAGCGACUCAAUCCACUUCAUUUCAAUGAAUUUAAAGACCAUAAGUUAUAUACUGUUUUGGCAGAGAAUUUGCCGGAGGACCAUUCAAAGGAGAACAUUCGGCAAAUAUUCCAAAAAGCUGGAAAUAUAAAGAAGAUAACCAUUCAUGAGCCGCGUUCUGCUGCAGAUUCUGCUAAACAUAUCAAGCAAGAAAUGUUCAUAAGUACUAAGUUACAUGCUCUUGUGGAAUAUGAGACUAUUGAGGCGGCUGAGAAAGCUGUGGCAAUGUUAAAUAAUGAACAAGACUGGAGGAAUGGAAUGCGGGUUAAAUUUCUCAAUCGAAUGGGGAAGAAUGGACACAAAAAACAAGCUUGGAAGGGAUCAAAUACUGAGAAGAAUAGCUCAAGCCAUGUAGCUGAGCAAACUAGAGAUGAGGAGAAUCAUGGUUCACACGAGCAUCAUGAAGAUACACCUAAGGAAGAGGAUGGGGAGCAUUUGCCGAAGGAUAAAGGUGGGCAGAGGUACAAUAAACAAGGAAGAUCAAGAAAGCAUAAAUACCGUGCUAUAAAUGGAAUGGGCCAUGGAGGUACAUCAUCUAUUCAUACUGCCGAAGCAUCAAAACCUCCCCCAGGACCAAGAAUGCCUGAUGGAACGAGGGGUUUUGCAAUUGGACGAGGUCGUCCUCUUGUCCCUGCAUCCAAUUAGCAAAGUUGAGGCCAUACAAUGGACUGUAUUUCACUGUAUUUUCAGUUGUUUAGACGAUGUACAAGUUUUAAUUUGGUUCUGAUGUGUGUUUGCUUGAGUCAACGUUCAAGGGUUUGUUGGACUGUUAAUUUUGUGGCCCUUUCUGGUGAAAGGUAGUGUUGGUGGAGCGCAAUAUUUUAAGAUUAUUAGGCUGGGAAAUAUGAAACUUUUUUUUUUGGGUGGUAAUCCUCACCAUACGAGGAAUUGUGUAGCAAGCAAUAUUCAAUAACAAGAAAUCUGUUGAAAGGGGUGAAAGCUUCAUGUUUGAUAUUUUAUUGAAAUGAUUUGUUUGACAUUA